AUGACAAAUUCCACACCCACUCUACAACAAGCGGCCGUGGUGCAAACCCCAGGAGAAACCGCAUCCAUUGCUCUACGGAAUGAUAUACCCAUCGCAAAUCCCGGACAAAAUGAAGUUCUCGUUAAAUUAACUUGCACCGGCCUGUGCCGCUCAGAACUCCGCGCCGUGCUAGCUUGGGGCGCAUACAACUCAAUCAUUGGCCACGAAGGAGUCGGAAUCGUAGUGAAAGCAGGGCCUAAAGUUCCGGAAUCCCUUCUCAGCAAACGCGUCGGCGUCAAAUGGUUAUACAGUGCAUGCAGCGAAUGCUCAGUCUGCAAGCGAGGAUUCCCGAAUCAUUGUGCACAGCAGUUAAACACAAGUCGCCAUGUGCCGGGAACAUUGCAGCAGUAUGUCAUCGCGGACGCACGGUUCCUGACAGUGAUCCCGGAGGGCGUGGCUGAUGAAGUUGCGGCGCCAUUACUGUGCGCUGGACUUACGAUGGCUGGUGCUCUGUCGAGAUUUGAUAAUGAGCUACAGGCUGGUGACUUUAUCGUCAUUUCGGGGUCUGGAGGGGGGUUGGGCCAUAUUGGUGUGCAAAUUGCAGCGAGGAUGAAAAACUUGCGCGUUAUUGCUGUUGAUAGUGGUGACGAUAAGAGAGCGCUGAGUCUGGAGUCUGGGGCGGAGGUAUUCUUCGAUUACAAGACCGAAGAUGUGAUUGCUCGAGUGCGUGAAUUCACUGGAGAGGGCGCGCAUGCGACGAUCGUCGUUCCGGGUACGAAGGAAGCAUUGAAGAUGGCACCCAACCUGGUGAGAAAUAUGGGUUUUGUUGUGAAUGUUGGUUUGCCGCCGAAUGACCUGGAAAUUCCUCUUUCGGCUACGCUCUGCACAGCAAGAGGUCUCACCUUUAUAGGGUCGUCUGUGGGCACCGAAAAUCAGUUGGCCGACUUAUUGCAAGCGGCAGCUGCUGGCAAGAUAGUGCCAUCGAUCGAGGUCUUUGACUUUUCGGCUGUGCCGACUUUGAUAGAGAAGCUGAGGGGGGAUGGUAUUACAGGAAGAGCAGUGGUCACAUUGCCACAGUAA